AUGGUUACUGUGAGAACCCUGUUAGCAAUUGCAGCAGUAAGAGGGUGGUUCUUGCAACAAUUAGAUAUCAAUAAUGCCUUCUUACAUGGGGACUUGGAGGAGGAGGUGUACAUGGAAUUGCCCCCGGCGUAUCCCAAUGAAAAUGGAAGAAAAGCCGCUGAGGGCUCUUUCACAGCCAUUCUUAUAUACGUAGAUGAUAUAAUCAUUGCUGGAAACAACAUGGAUGAAAUUGAUCAAUUGAAGAGGUCUCUUGAUGAUCGAUUCAAAAUUAAAGACCUUGGCAAGCUGAAGUAUUUUCUGAGUAUUGAAGUGGCAAGAACAGCAAGGAGGAUUCACUUAUGUCAAGGCAAAUACACUUUGGAUAUUCUAAGAGACUCGGGUACCAUUGGCUCCACUCCAGCAAGGAUUCCCUUGGAUCAAAAUGUGAGACUGUCCAAAGAAGAAGGAGAAUUACUUCCUGAGCCUGCUCUUUAUAGAAGAUUGAUCGGUAGAUUAUUGUAUUUGACAAUAACUAAGCCUGAAUUAGCUUACUCAGUCCAAAUUCUAAGCCAAUUCAUGAAGGAUCCAAGGGUGCCACACCUGCAGGCAGCCCACAAGGUACUGCAGUUCAUCAAAGGAUCACCAGGACGGGGUUUGUUCUAUCCAAUGAACUCAAAAAUCCAUCUUAGAGGUUUUUGUGAUUCAGAUUGGGGGGCUUGUCCAGACACCAGAAGAUCUGUGACAGGCUAUUGUGUGUUCCUUGGGAGAUCCUUAGUGUCUUGGAAAUCAAAGAAACAAAGUGUGGUCUCUAGAUCUUCUGCAGAGGCAAAGUAUCGCGCGAUGGCAAAUGGAAGUGUGGUUGGUGGUGCGGACAGAGAGGUGGAGAAGGAGUGGUUUGGGGAGCAGCUGGUGUUUAGGGCCGUGGCCGGUGGUGAUGGUGGGUGGCCGGAACUGGUAAGUGAGAUCGGGCAUUCUCGGGGAGAUCUGGAGCUGAUGGCGGCUAUGCUGCUGUACAUGAGUGGAUGCUGCGGCCGUGAACGGAGGUGCUGCGUUGGCCGUGGGCUGCUGUGA